AUUAAGUGCGGAGGUUGUAUUCAGGAAGUCGUCAUCGCCCGGGUCUUAACCACUUCCUACUUCCGCAAACACAGCUCCCCGUUGCUUCCCUGUUCAUCGGUUGAUCAAUGCGGCGGUUGACUUCUUCCUUUUGCUUCCUGGCUCUGUUUGAUAUUUGUUACAGUUCUGACAUUUAUGUGUGAUUGAUAAGCAUCAUGACGGCCAACAGCCGCUGUUCUAGCGCAGAGCCUCCGGGUCUGGAGACCCAGCGGAAAGAGAUCGAGUCUCUGUUGCGGGAGUGUGAGCUCCGGGCUGGAGACAGUUGGUAUGUGGUGGAUCGGCGCUGGUUUGAACAAUGGAAGGAGUUUGUGGAGACCGGAGACCAGAACUCUUCAUCCUUCCCGGGUCAGAUCGACAACACCGAGCUGUUCGAAGACCUGGACUCGUACCACCUGAAGGAGCGUCUGGUGGAGAAUGAGGACUUUGUGUUGAUGCCGACGGAGGCCUGGCACAAGCUGCUGGUCUGGUAUGGUGUGGCGGACGGUCAGCCAGCGCUGGAACGCAAGGUGGUGGACCUUCCCAGCACACUGAAAGUGGAGGUUUACCCCGUCGAGAUCUUUCUCUGUCUCCAUAGCAACAUGGAGAAUGUCAUCACUGCACAGUUCAGCCGCACAGACAACAUACAUGUGAUCCAGCGGGCCAUGUGUGAGGCCUUCUCUGUGCCUCCGGGCUCAGAGUGCCGUCUGUGGAUGAAGAGUUCGGACAGCAGCUGCGAACGUCUCAGAAACAUCCACAUGAGUGUGUUGGACGCCUGCCUGAGCUCAGGGAUGACGGUGAUCAUGGAGACGAGGAAUGCUGAUGGCACCUGGCCGAGCUCCAGACCUCAGAUCAUGAGGAACUCUGUGGAGGAGCAGGACUCUUACCGAGGACAGCCGGGUGUCUGCGGCCUCAUCAACCUGGGCAACACCUGCUUCAUGAACUCUGCUUUACAGUGUCUGAGCAACACUCCUCCUCUGACUGAGUACUUCCUGCAGAACGGCUACCUAGAGGAGCUGAACUUCACCAACCCGCUGGGGAUGAAGGGGGAGAUUGCUGAGGCAUACGCCGACGUCAUCAAGCAGAUGUGGUCCGGGCGGCAUCACUCUGUGGUGCCACGGGUCUUCAAGACGAAGGUGGGCCACUUUGCGUCUCAGUUUCUGGGUUACCAGCAGCACGACAGCCAGGAGCUGCUGUCCUUCCUGCUGGACGGGCUGCACGAGGACCUCAACAGAGUCAAAAACAAAGAGUACAUCGAGCUGCGGGACGCGGAUGGCCGACCGGACCAGGAGGUAGCAGAGGAGGCAUGGCGCAACCACCACCGGCGGAACGACUCGGUGAUCGUCGACACGUUUCACGGCCUCUUCAAGUCCACGCUGGUCUGUCCAGAGUGCCACAAGGUGUCUGUGACCUUCGACCCCUUCUGCUACCUGAGUGUCCCGCUUCCUGUCAGCAAGGAGCGCGUCAUGGAGGUUUUUUUCGUCUCUUUGGACCCUUUUGCCAAACCUGUCCAGCAUCGUGUCGUGGUACCUAAAGCAGGAAAGGUGUCGGACCUCUGCUGGGCUCUAUCUGAGAUGACCAGCGUACCGCCCUCACAGAUGGUGGUGGCUGAUGUCUUCAAUCAUCGUUUCUAUAAGAUCUACAAUGCUGAAGAAUCUUUGAGCUGCAUUUUAGAUCGAGACGACAUCUUUGUGUACGAGCUGAGCAUACUGGAGGAGCAGCAGGAGGAGCAGGUGCUGCUGGCGCUCUACCUGAGGGAGCGCUCCACCUACCGGGACUACGGCUCCGGCAGCAGCUACGGCACCACGCUGUUCGGACACCCGCUGCUGCUCAACGUGCCGCGCAGCAGCUGCAGCCAGGAGGCGCUCUACAACCUGUUCCUGCAGAGGCUGGCGCGGUAUGUGCGACUUCCUGACCCCUCUGAAGAGUUGGAGGAAGAGGAUGAAGAUGAAGAGGAGCUGUACAAGACUCAGACCAACGGCAUCAGUGAUGAUGAACAGGACGUUGAGGCUGCCGGGCCCUCGAGAUCAGAACCCUGCUGCAGUGAAACAUCUCCAAACAGCCAGUCAGAAGAAGCUGCUGCGCCUGAGCCACCGCCUGAUACCAACCACACUCAGACCUCAGUAGACCACGAAGCAGCAGAGACCAGCAACGGCUCCUCGAACCAAACCGUGCCCGUCUGCAGCGGCGAUGACGUGAGCGCUUGUGGUGAUAUGUCCACCGCCACCAGCUCAGAACCGCCAGCAGCAAAGCAGCCCUGUGAAACCACAGAAGAAACCGAGGAAGACAAGCAGGAGGAAGCUCGUUCUCCCAGCCCGCCAGCCAAUGAGCAUCCAGCUAAGAGGAGGGCGUGCUGUAAGAGGAGGAGGAGUUUAUUCACCAUCCAGGCUGUCAACUCCAACGGGACGACGGAGAGAGGGAUGGGAGAUGGGGGCAGUGCCGUGUCCUUCAGCUCUCAGCCAUACGUGGCCAUCGACUGGGACCCUGACAUGAAGAAAAGGUUUUACAAUGAAAACGAGGCCGAGAAAUACGUGAAACACGCCAGCAUGGAGGUUCCUCAGCAGCAGACAACAGUGCAGCUGCAGGAGUGCAUCGAGCUGUUCACCACGGUGGAAACGCUGGAGGAGGAGAAUCCAUGGUACUGUCCGGUGUGUAAGAAGCACCAGCUGGCCACUAAGAAGCUGGACCUCUGGUCUCUGCCGGAGGUUCUCAUCAUCCACCUCAAGAGAUUCUCCUACACCAAGUUCACCAGAGAGAAACUUGACAGCAUUGUAGAUUUCCCCCUCAGGGACCUGGACUUCUCCGGCUGCCUGCUGAGGAAAACUCAGUCCAACGAGGAGCCUCCGAGCCGCUACGACCUCAUCGCCGUGUCCAAUCACUACGGCGGACUCAGAGACGGGCACUACACCAGCUACGCCAGGAACAAGGACAACGGUCAGUGGUAUUACUUUGAUGACAGCAAGGUGACAUACACCACCGAGGACCAGAUCAUGACCAACGCUGCCUACGUCUUGUUCUACCACCGGCAAGACAAAAUGAGAAAACCCGCUCAGCCCAACCCCAAUGCAAGCUCCGCCUCCUCCACCCAAUCCACCAGUGACAUCACUUCAUGCCAGGAGGAGGACGGGGGGCUGGAUGCGUCUGCCUCCGACAUCACCAUGAAAAUAGACUGAAUGAAUUUUGGUUUAAACUUGUCAUUGAUUAGUUGUUUUUCUUUCCAUCGCCUGCGCUGCUCACAUGUCCCACACCCGCUCGUCAGGUAACGUUCACGCUUCACGCUCAGGUACUCUGAAACUUCACCAGUUUUCCCACAUCAGCAACAUCAGCACUGAAACAAGUGUUCAGCUUCAGGGUGAUGAAUGAGUCAAAGUUUUGAAAACAUUAUUUUUCCUGUGAUGUAAAACUUCAUCCAGGGUGAUCUGUUGGUUAAAUUAAAGACACGUAAAAGGAGUCAAAUAUCACAUCAGGAUCAAAUAACUUCAGUUUUUCUUAUUUGCUGACGCGGAGCUCUGAGCCACAGUUAAAGCUGGGACUGGGUGUGGUGCAGGGGAUUAUGGGUAAUCAGAGGACUAUACAGUUGAAGCUGUCAGGGAUUAAAUCGAUCUGUAUAUUUUGCUUGUUCAUUGAUAUUUAUUUUUAAUGGAAUAAUUUCAGGUGACAUGAUUUUCAUGGACCGGUGCGGGACAUUGAGAGGCUUAUUUUUCAUAUUUAUAAAGAAAAUUUAUAUUUGGGUAGAUUUCUCUUUCAGGUAAGACAUGUAAUUUUUGGGGUCUUUGCAGAGAUGGACAGAGGGAGCGCCUCAGAUUCUUAAACCAGCUGUGUACAGUAUUUUUGUAUUGUAAGUAAUGUAUUAUUCCUGGUCAGAGCAGCAGGGAAGCUGGGGCUGAUUUCUUUCUUUGUGCUUCCUUGUCAAAUAUCAGAUGAAAAUAUUUUAUUGUAAUUUCAAUCUUUUGAUAUAAAGGAAUAUUAUCACCAUGA